UACUUCUCCCCAGUGAGGCCUCUCCAAGGGAACUUCCGGAACUAAGAGCCUGUCCACUCAGAACCUGGAACCCAAGGGCGCUGCUUGAGGAGUACUUCUAAAACAGGACUAUCAAUGGCACCAAAAUGGGACCGUCCCCAUGGCUCGCGGUAUUCUAAGGAGCCACCUCCUUAUUACCCUUCUCACGCGAGAGGACAGAGGCUACCACAGGCAUACCCUGUGUACACCCAAGUGCCACCAGUGAUCCACACCACCAUGUUCACUGCCGUGCCAAGGAUGACGACUUCCUUGCCAAUGCAGACCAUAUGUCCCUACUGUGGAAACCACAUCAUCACAGUGACAACUCCUGUCCCAGGCAUCCUCACCUGGCUGCUAUGCAGUGGUCUCUUUGUAUUUGGGUGCUUCCUGGGCUGCUGCUUCCUCCCCUUCUGUGUGCCGAGCUUCAUGGAUGUGAGACACUCCUGUCCCGUGUGCCAGCAGGAGCUCUUUCACCACCACCGCCUGUGAGCUGCACUAUAAACAGCAAUGAAGCAGCA